GCAUAUGAGGCGAAGGUUAUAUAGUCUUAAUGCAGUAACUUGUUUGGUAGAAACGUGGGUAUGUUGUUGUCAGAAGGUAAUGGUGGUUGUGAGUUAGAAUGGUUGACGUUGGCUCAGUUCGAAAUAGAAACGUGAUAAGUAAAACACCUGUGUUGUGUCAUUCUAAUUUUUGAGAUAUAGUAAAAUAUGGCCGACGAUACAAGUGUUAGAGUUGCAGUUCGAAUUCGCCCUCAGGUUCCACGGGAGAUCAUUGACAUGUGCCAUGUUUGUACAACCGUGGCUUCCGGAGAACCUCAGGUUUGGCUUGGAAAGGACAAGGCUUUUACCUUUGAUCAUGUUUUUGACAUGCCAAGUUUACAGGAAGAAGUAUAUUACACUUGUAUAAAGGAUCUUAUAGAAGGAUGCUUUGAUGGGUAUAAUGCAACUGUCUUUGCCUAUGGCCAGACUAGUUCUGGUAAAACGUAUACCAUGGGCACUGGCUUCAAUCUUAGCCUUAAUGCUGAGGAGAGAGGAAUUAUACCACGAGCUGUGGAACACUUGUUUAUAGGAAUCCAUGAACGGCAGAGACAAGCACGUGAAAAGGGAGAGCCACCACCAGAGUUUAAAGUGAAUGCUCAGUUUAUGGAGCUGUAUAAUGAGGAAAUCAUUGACUUAUUGGAUCCAGCAAAAGAAGCAGAAGAAAGAGUAAAGAAGUCUCAGAUCAAAAUACAUGAAGAUUCUAAAGGAGAUAUUUACACGGUUGGAGUCACUACUCGUAAUGCUUCCUCUCCAGAGGAGACUCUGCAAUGUUUGAAAAAUGGAGCCUUAUCCAGAACCACAGCAAGCACAAAUAUGAAUGCUCAAUCAUCCCGCUCACAUGCAAUUUUUACACUACACAUUAAACAGCAACGAGUGGUCUUUAUGGAGCCUCCUGAAUCUAAUAUCUCUGAUGAAAAUCUUGAUAAACCAGCUCCUACUCAGAAUGGGGAAGUAUUGAAUGAGUUUGAAACACUGACUGCUAAGUUUCACUUUGUGGAUCUUGCGGGCUCUGAGAGGCUUAAGAGAACUGGAGCAACUGGUGAUAGGGCCAAAGAAGGAAUAUCGAUAAACUGUGGGCUUUUGGCUCUUGGAAAUGUCAUUUCAGCAUUAGGAGACAAGUCACGUAAAGUCACUCACGUUCCUUACAGAGAUUCAAAACUUACAAGGUUACUUCAGGAUUCCUUAGGAGGGAACAGCCGAACUUUGAUGAUAGCUUGUAUUUCACCAUCUGAUCGAGAUUUUAUGGAAACACUAAACACAUUGAAGUAUGCCAACCGAGCAAAGAAUAUCAAGAACAGGGUAAUGGUUAAUCAGGAUAAAUCCAGUCAAACAAUUUCCCUGCUCCGUCGUGAAAUCCAGCAACUGCAGUUAGAGUUAAUGGAAUAUAAACAGGGAAAGAGGCUUGUUGGAGAAGAUGGAACAGAACAAAUUAACGACAUGUUCCACGAGAACACAAUGUUACAAACUGAAAACAAUAAUCUUAGGACUCGUAUUAAGGCAUUACAGGAAACAGUAGAAAGACUGACUGUUAGAAACACGGAGCUGUUGGCAGAAAAAGAGGCCGGAACCUGGAUAACCUCAGGCAAAGACCCAUCAGAAUCGGAUAUUAAAGAAAUGAUACAGGGCUAUCUCAAAGAGAUAGAAGACCUGAGGGCUAAACUCAUGGAAUCUGAGGGGAUGUGUGUCCAGUUUCGAAGGCAGGUCCAACGAUCUCCAACUCGUCACUCACUAAGUCCAACCUUGGCUGCAGUAUCUGUUGUGGGUCAUUAUGAUAUUGGGGUUGACAGUGAAGCUCCAUCUGUGCAUGAACUUUUAGUGGAAGCUAAGCGGGAUGUGCAUAAGCUGAAGAAGAAAACGAAAAUUUUAAAAGAAGGAAAUAUUAACCCUUACACUGGCAAACCUGUGCAGGGAAGAAAUGCCCCACUGGUCUGUACCCAUGUGGCUGAAGGUCACAGCAAAGCUGUACUGUCUGUGGUAGCCACUAACGAUGUGUUAUUUAGUAGUUCAAAAGAUCGAACAGUGAAAGUGUGGGAUCUUCAAACUGGAAGAGAGAUUCAAACCCUUGGUGGUCAUCCAAACAACGUAAAUGUAGUACGUUACUGUGAAUACACUCGCUUAGCAUUUAGUGUCUCCACGGCAUACAUUAAUGUGUGGGAUGUCCGAGAAAAUCCCUCGCGCUGUGUCAAGACACUUUGCUCCUCUGGGUUGACAAAUACUGGACCUAUGCUGUUUAACACUCCAUCAAGGACAAUACAGUUGCCUCAAGGUGAAACACAGAUCAAUGAUAUCUUACUCAAUCAGUAUGGAACAGUUCUGUUUUCUGCAGCAGGCAACAUAGUUCGGAUCUGGGACCUGAGAAUGUUUCACAGCAUAGGCAAACUUACUGGAGGCCAUCAGGCUGCAGUGAUGUGUCUAGCUCUUGAUUGUGUGAGAGAGGAUAACAAGUUGGUUAUUACUGGCUCAAAAGAUCAUUAUAUAAAGGUGUUUGAGGUCAUAGAUGGUGCCAGUGGAGUCCUGACCCCUAAACUUAAUCUAGAACCUCCCCACUAUGACGGAAUCCAGUCCCUUGCUGUUCACGGAAAAUACUUGUUUUCUGGUUCUCGGGACAUGUGCAUCAAGAAAUGGGAUCUUAGUAACCAGUGUUUGGUCCAGUCACUGAACCAAGCCCACAAAGAUUGGGUAUGUGGGCUGAGCUUUUUGCCAAACAGCAACACACUGCUCAGUUGUUGUCGUGGUGGAUUUAUUAAACUGUGGUCUGCAGACAGGUGCCAGUUAGUAACUGAAUUAAAGGCUCACAAUGCACCCAUUAAUGCCAUAACGACCAACUCCUCAUUUGUCUUCACAGCAUCAAAUGAUUAUACUGUGCGUAUGUGGCAUGCACGUGAUGUUUCGCCAGAGAUCAGUAGUUUUGGAAAUGGAAGACUAUAACAGCGAGAGAUGAACAGUUAAGAGAGAAAUGGAAGAAUGCUACUAAAUAUCCUAGAUGGGGUUUUAGGAACAAGAAAAUGGUAACCAUGGAAACAUUGUUUGUUUUUAUUAAGGAGAUAACAUCAGCUAACAGUAUCCUGUUUCAUAGAAUUUUCAAGUUCCAGUGAAACAAAUGUUAUCAUGCAUAUUAAUGUGUGUUUUCAUUUUGUGGAUUUUCAGGGGUAUUACUUGUAAUGUCAGUUCUUUUUAAAAUGUUCAAGAAAUGAUUUAGAUAAAAAGAUUGUAGCUGUUGGAAUUUCAAGAACAAUAAGAAUUUGGGAUGUUUCCCAAUUCUGUUACCAAGAAGCCAAUGUUUAGGAACUAAAAACUAUUUGACAUUAUAUAUAAUUCCAUGUGUUUAGAGUCUUAACUUAUUAUUUUGUCUAAUUUAGGAAACUGUAUAGGAUAAUUCUAAGUUAUUUGUUCUCUGCAACAUGAAUCUUGCACUAUUAUUAACAAUAUUGUACAGUAAUAAAAAAUAUAGUUUUUAAAAGUUUCCUAGGGUCAGGUCUUCAAACCACAAAAAUCUUAAUCUCUAAAACACCUUUUGAAAAACUUGUAGCAAAGGACUAUUUAUUUGUUUUGUUUUUCAAAAUAUAACUCAAAUGUGCUAAAAAAUUCAUUUUUAACAUACUGACGAGUGAUGUUUGUGGCAAAAAUAGGUUUUUGAUAUUGAUAGUCUCAGACUAAUGUUUCUUCCAUCUUUCAAAAUGUAUAAAACUAUGAAUUUUUAUAGUAUUUGCUGUGGUUAGUUGAUAUUGUAUAAAAGAAAGUUCCUACUAAUGUUAUAAUUUAAACUAGUUAGUAGGUGUAGUUUGACUUUAAAUCAGAUAACCUAGGUCCCAAUAGACACAAUAAAUUUAAAGUUUUGUUUUAAAGAUUGUUUUCCAAAUGAUAAUACAGGAUUGAAAGUGUUUCUAUCAAGCUUUGGCUCAAGAACAUCUCCUAAAAGGCAGUAGUGUAAUGUUGAGACAGUGGGCAUCUUUAAAAUGUAGUCAAUUAUGCUCUGUCUUCUGGGUUGUAUUAUUGUACUUUUAAUUUUUCAGUUAUUUAUAAUGUAAAGUUUCCAGCUUGAUAGUUUUUGUAUAUGUUUUAUAUUUUAAAUUCCAUUCUGUGUAACAAUAAAUUCUAUUGAAGGGAUUGAACAUUUUAAAAACUUUUCCAACACUUACGCAAUGGUCAGUUCUCCCAAAAGGAUCAUCUCAACACAUUUUUCAUAAUGCUUCAAAUGAACAAUGUCUGCCUUGCACCCGUCCCAUUAGAUUUGUAUGAAUGAGAUAUAUCUUUAACAUGUGUAGUACAAGAAGACAAAUAUUUGUUGUGUGUGUAGAAUAACAGUCACCAUGAUAAAAAAUCAGGUUUUCCUUUCUACCAUGUUGAGUUAAAAUAUAAUAUCAGGAUAUUUACAAUGCGUUUUUCCCAUCUUUUUUUCCUCCCCUAACUCUGACUUCUUAGUAAUGUGAAAAUUGUUCUUUUAGCUAUUGAGUGUAAAAUAAAUACAAUACUGUAAGGCUGCUGUCAUUAAGUUUGGUUUUGAUAACAAUGUAAACAGAGUGGAAUCCUUAGGAAGGAUAUAAAACUAUUUAAUAUGUAGAAAGAAAUUGUUAGAAGUGUGAAAUUUACUGUAGAACACUUAAAGUAUAAACAGGGGAUAUUUUCCCUCUGUGAAAAAAGUGAGUGGUUAAAAUAAAUAUUUGUUAGUACAAAAUAUUUAAUUAGAAGUUGUAAAUAAUGCAUUAUUUAGAGUUUAAUUUCAUUAACUUCACAUGUUGUGGUAGGGACCAGGUUUGAAUAUUUACAGCUUACAUUAAAAAGGUUGUAAAUUUAACUUAAAAAAUGUAUUUCUUUUCUCAUUACUAAUUUUCUUAUUCUAGUUUUAUUUUUGUGGAGUUCAACUGUGUAUUAUUACCAUGUUUUGACUGGUAGACAACACUGAUUUAAUGAAGGUUGUGAUGAUUUUUCUUUUAAUGUUAUAGGCUUUUUUUGCCUGCAAUUAGUGAUUGAAAAAUUGGUUCCUAAUAUUAAUAUAUAGAUAAAUACUGAAGUUAAACCUGGUUUAAGAAUGUCAUGAGAGAAUGAUUAUUCAACAAACUAUAAUCUAGAAAUUCCAUUUCAGAAUUGCACCAUAUUAAUAAAAAUCUGCAAAAAAAACAGUAAGUUAACCUAUGGUAAGAUUUACGAAUUUCAUGAAAAAAUGGAUAAAAAACAUGUCUUGGUUUUGUUUAAUAUCAUUCCAGUUGGAACCAUAUUCAAUAAAUAAAUAAAAAACCAGGUGUUUACGACAAAGUCCAACAUAUUUUAAGUUAAUAAAACAUUGUGAUGAUAACUUUACUGAUAUUUUCAGUUUAUUUAAAAAAAUUACUUAUAGAACCAGAACUAAAAUUUAUAGCACUUUCAGCCAAUCAUAGUCAGAUAUUGAUGAUAGUCACUUCGAUAGUGCUGUGAAAACAAAUUUUACAGUAAUUACCUAUAUAGUUUGCUCUUAAACUCAGUAUCUUAAUGAAUCAUUGGAUGUGAUAAUUAAGUCUAAAAUAUGUUGAACAUUUUAAAAAAAAAGUUCCUGGGGCAAUAAGAAAUAUAUAUAUAAAAAAAAAACAUUAACCACUGCUAGCAUACUUUCUUUAUACUGCAGUGAGUAUAAACACAUUUCCUAAUUGUUCUCCAUAACUAUCAAAUUUAACUUAAUUUAAGAAAAGUUUUAAUCCAAACUGUAGUUUUAGUGUAAGGUAAGCUUUAUAAAGCUGGGACAAUGUAUAUAAGUAUAGAAAUAAAAGUUUAAUUAGUACAAUAAUGGGUUGCUUAUUCUAUUUCUUUUAUAUACAAGGCAAUGUGAUGAGUACUGUUUUCUGUUGUUAAGUAGAGCUACACUUGGCUAUCCAAUCAUGAGAAUCUUAUAAUGCUUUUCAGCAAAAUUUAAGUUUUAUAAGGUACGGUGAUAAUUCUUAAGAAAUCAAGAAAAUAAUUCCCACAGAAAAUUAUGGGUUUAAAAAGAGAAUUUACUGCAGCAUGUCAACUUGUAUCAUGUAGGCUCUGCAAUGGAAAAAUAAUCACUAAGUAAAAAGUGGAGAAAAUUAAAAUUUGAAUUUAUUUAGUUUGACAACAACCUACCUUGCAUGUGUAACAUACCCACUGUUCUGUGCACUUCUGAAGGAUUAUAAUGAAAUGUACACCAC